GUGGCAAGUUUCCAGCGACAUUUAAACCCCGGGCUGAUAUUCCUGCACAAGAGAUAACAUUUGAAAUUUUGACAAAUAUUAGGGCCUAAGCCUCUGUUAAGCUGAGAAAUUGUUAACAUUUCAAUCUCUCUCUCUCUCUCUCUCUCUCUCUCUCUCCUUUUAAUAUGCGAAUUAACAAGUCUCAUUUUGAUCGAUUCAUGACCUAGAUCAGUACUUGAUAAACAAUGGCAAAAUACGACGAUGACGUCAUUGGGAAUUUCCAUUUGAUACUCCGAUUCGCAAAGAGCACAAGAUCAACACACCGCAUUGCAGUCAUUGAACAAGCUACCGGUACUACAUGUAUCACAAGGCUUGCGUCUGGAAGGCAAUUGCUCAACAAAGGUACAGGCACUCGUAUAAUCUUCACGCAUUCCUAUGAUGAUAUGCCCCAAAAAGUGUUCCUUGUGGGCAUCGAACUAAACCCAAGAGCGAAACAUUGGAGGGCGGCACUGGUGGACAGUUUGAAAACGCAGUCCAAUGAAGAAUUUCAUUUCUUGGAUGAAACUAACAUUCCACCUGGCGCUAUUAUAAUAGACGAAUUGAUCGAUUUCAUACGAAAUUGCGACAAAACUGUUUUAGUGAUAACUUCAGAUUUUUUGAGCGAUCCUUCAUGUUUGUACGCGGCAAACUUAGCACUCUCUCUGGAAAAUGAUACCGAACGACCUCGCCGUGGAUCUGUUGUUGUUGUAUUGCUGCAAGACACGAUCGUACCUUAUAAAUAUACACACAAAAGAGAUGUAAUACACCAUGACGAUCCAGAAUUUUUGAAGAAGCUAUCAAAGCAACUCAGCAAAGAACUAGAAUGGGGUACAAAACCACUCGUUCACGGUAUCCAGGUCCACAACCCUCACAACUUAUUGGGAAGAACAGACGAUGUCGUCUUCAUUGCCGAAUCCUUCAUGGGCCAAGUCCCCGAGGAGGGCAGUAAUAUGUUUGGUAUUUCGGGUGCUCCCGGCAUUGGGAAGACUUCGCUGGCGACACUCAUCUGCAGAUACAUUUACAGAAGGAUGUUUCUACAUAUUUAUUGGAUUCAUUGCGGCAAAGCACCGGACGUUGUGAAAAUCAUCAGUAGUGUAAGACGGCACCUACAAGGUAGUGAAUCCCAGGAAGAUUUUGCCGAUCGUAUUUCUGCCCGAAGUUGGUUAAUACAGUUCACGAUGCACGAGAAAAUAUUAUUUGUGCUAGACGACGUUUGGAAUCCAGAUGAUGCCAGCGUUUUUACUGCAAUUUCUAAAGACUGUUUGCUGCUUAUAACAACUCGCGACCGAGCUGUUAUCAACAUGCUUAACGUUCGAAUAUAUACUCUUGAUCAUUUAGAUGUUGAAAAUGCUUGGCAGUUGUUCCUCAAAUGUGCAAAUGUGACAGAAAAGCUCUUAAAUGACCACAAAAUAACAAAGGAAGCCAACGCCAUACACAGUUAUCUAGGAGGAUAUCCUCUGGCGAUUGCUUUAGUUGCCUCGUCGCUCAGGCAAGGUGCCACGUCGGUUUCGCAGCCAUUUUCUUCUCAGAGGUGGAGGGACAUGGCAGCAUCCUUGAAAGAGAAAGACAAAUUGUGGAUGGAAUCCAGACGUCUGCCGAUAGACAGUUAUCCUGAAACUUUUGUAGGCGCCUUUGAGGCAACUUUUGCCUGUUUGCGAGACGCCGGCGAUACAAACAAGCCGUACAGCAUGCUGCAAGAAAUACUUCUUAAGGUGUCGUUGUUCAAAAAAGAUGCCUUAAUUCAAUCGUCAACAUUAGCUAUCCUAUGCAGCUACAUGCAAGAUAAAUCCAACGCUGAAAAGCAAGAUAAAGUUGCAAGACAUGUCCGUGAAUGUCUGUUCACACUGGCAGAUAAAUCUCUGCUCAGAUUUAAGCUUGAAGAUGAAGAUGGAGACUGUUAUUUCCGAAUACACGACCUGGUACUGCAGUACAUUCAGAAUAAGACUGAGACUUUGUGGGGACCGGAUGGGAUCCGUCGGAUGCACACGGCCCUCCUGGCGGCAUACGUAGCAGCUGCAGAAGGCACAGCAGGUUUGCAGCACAUUGAAAAGUUACAGUUGGAAGAACCGGCAGCAGGGUGCUCGGCGGAGAAAGACCGCUCAGAUUCAGGGUUCCAGGAUGAUUUGGAGCGUUCAGCUGAGAGGCACAGUCCCAGCAAAGGUCGUCCCAUGAUCAGCGGAUCAAACACAAACAGUAGCAAAGAUCAGUUGGGUUGCAGUAGCUGCUAUGAGAAUGACCAAGCUAUUGUACUGAGUUAUCCUUGGUGGAACCUGGAUUUUUCAGGUGACAAAUAUGUGUACACCAAUUUCAUUCAUCACUGCACAGCUAUGGGAAAAGAAUUCAAGUCAUUAUACAGAGGACUCCUCUGUUCAUUCCGCUGGCUUCAAGCCAAAUUGAAUAAAACAUCUUUGUCAGAAAUAAUUUCUGACUUCGAACUUUUUGAAUGUGACUGUCAAUUCAGUCACUUGCAUGGUGCCAUCAACAAAGCUUUACUUCUCCACGCUCCAGCCAUAAUCCGCGAUAAGAAGCAACUAGGACCCGUGUUUCUGGGCUCCCUUAGUAAUUUAGAAAUAGUUGGGAUUUCUGAUUUUCUUAAAGCUGUUAGAAGCCAACUUUUUGAGGAUGCCGAUUCAUGUUUUUUACCAGACCGUGCGUGUAUUUCCCCACCCAAUGGCCAUGUUGUUAAAACGUACAGCGCACACAAUGGCACAGCUGUUUUAGGGUUAGGAGUGUUAAAGGAUUCAACGAUCGUUACGACAUCUGGGGACGGGUUUGUACGGCUCAUCGAUCCAAUAACAGGAGGAGAGACUUGCCUCGGAUCAGAUCUCACAAAGCACAAUGAUUUGGUUACUUGUUUUGGUGUCAACAGCAGCGAAACCCUCGUCGUGACAGCCGCUUGUGACAGUGUAGUCAAGCUAUGGGAUUUAAAGGGGAAAUGCCUCCGUGAAACGUUCUCCAAUAUUCACAACAGGCAGAUAUUCUCGUUAGUAUUAUCGGCGGAUGGCGAAUCGGGACUCACAGUCUCUGGAGAUAAAACUAUAAAAUUGUGGUAUUUAAAUGACGGGAGUGUUCAGUUCACGUAUGCUGCCCUCACCGAUGUAGUCGCAUGCGCAUGUUUUACCAAUUUAUCUGAAAAGGAGAUAUUUUUUGCUUCUUGCUCUUAUGAUGAAAGUGUCUGCUUGUGGCGAAAAAACAGCCCGGAAUGCCCAGUUACAUCUUGUAAUCCAAAGUUGGGAGUUCUUUAUACUUUGUUUUUCAGCAGAUAUCAACGUCAGCUUUAUGUUGGCGGGAAGACGGGAAUCGGUGUGUUAAAUUUCCCUUCGUUGGAAGUACGGCGAAUCUUGAAAGGGCACGAGGGCGGUACAUUUGCUUUGUGUCUUGCACGUUACGAAUCGCACUCCUUAUUGUUGUCCGGUGGAGCUGAUGGACGGGUCAAAUUCUGGGACUUGAACGACGAUCAUUCACUGGUAUUUCAGGUUCAGAUCCAUUCUGCUGCAGUACGGGGGAUUCAAUGUGCCUUCCAAGAAAAAAAAGAUGACUAUUUACACGGCAUCGGUCGACCAAUCAGUAAAACAGUCGUGCUUUUCUCUUUCCAGUUUAGAUAG